UCACAGAGUCUCCGACGCCAACCUGAGUAGGCUGCGUCCCGUCAGCGCACCGAGUAAACAACCGCGAGUGUGUGAAGUUUUGUGAGAACCAAAACAGUGUCCAACAUGGGUUGUGGUACGAGUUUUGUGAAAUAUGUGCUGUUCUUCUUCAAUUUGCUAUUCGCGCUGAUCGGCAUCGCCAUGGUGGGCAUCGGCGUGGCUGUCGUGCUCAACUGGCAGGUUGUGAAGGACGCCUCCCGAGGCCUCAACGUGGCCCCCUGGCUGUUCAUCGUCAUCGGGGCUGUGGUGUUCCUCAUAUCGUUCUUCGGGUGCUGCGGAGCUAUUCGCGAGAGCCACUGCAUGGUUGUCACGUACGCGAUCUUCCUGAUUGUGAUCAUCAUCGUGGAAGUGAUCCUGGCUGUGUGCAUCUUCGUGUACGCCGACAGCAUCAAGCACGCGCUGAAGACCGGCAUGGACAGGUCCUUCGAAGAGGGCCGCUCGCUAAGCCCUAACCCCUUCCACCAGAUUGAGCGUCAGUUGUCCUGCUGCGGCAAGACCGGGCCCAUCGACUACAACGUCCAGGCCGUCGCCAACCUGCCCCCAGAAUGCUGCGACCAGGGCUCCCAAGUCUGCUCUAUCGUCAACGCCUAUUCCACCGGUUGCACCACCAGAAUGCUGGACUAUUACGACAAAUCGCACAAGGUCAUCGCCGGAAUCACUAUUGGAGUCGCUUGUGUUGAGGUUGUAGGAGCGCUUUUCGCCCUGUGUCUCGCCAACUCCAUAAGAAACAUGGACAGAAGGUCUCGCUACUAAUAUUUUGUACAUUAAAACUGGUACGCCUAAAACGAAGACAUCACGAAACAUUCGAAUAAGAACAAUAAGGGAUAUUUACGAAAGAAACUCACCACACUAUGUUAUGUACAAGUUAAUUAAGUUAGAUAACUGUUAAAAAAGCUAGAACGGUCAAGUAUGACCAAUUAAUUAAAUGUGUCAUUCCUAUUGCCUUUAUUUACAAACCUUUUGUACUUUAGUAUAUAUAC